AGGCCGGCACAGCCUCUCCGACCCCAGCAAGUGACCUGUCAGGUGGCCGUGAGCACAGACCCCUGGAGAUGAAGACCCUGCUCCUGACCAUCGGCCUCAGCCUCAUUGCUGCCCUGCAGGCCAAGGACCCCCUGGCCUUGGGCGAGGAGACUCCGGACGUCUCAGGGAAAUGGUAUCUGAAGGCCGUGACCGCUGACCAGGAGAUUCCCGGGGAGAAGCCUGAGUUGGUGACUCCCAUGAUCCUCACGGUCCUGGAGGGGGGCAACCUGGAGGCCAAAGCGACCGUGAAGGUGAGGGGUCAGUGCCAGGAGACGAAACUGGUGCUGGAGAAAACCAAUGAGCCCGGCAAAUACACGGCCGACGAGGGCAGGCGCGUGGUGCACAUCUCGCCGUCGAACGUGAUGGACCACUACGUUCUUUACUGUGAAGGCGAGCUCCGGGGGAAGCAGAUCCGGAUGGCGAAGCUCGUGGGAAGAGACGCGGAGAACAACCAGGGGGCCCUGGAGGAUUUUAAGACGUUCGCGAGAGACAAAGGGUUCGACCCGGAGAAGAUCUUCACGCUCACGCCCCAUGAAACCUGCUCUCCAGGAAGCGAUUAGGGUCCUCAGAUCCAGCGGCCAGAGCCUGAGGACACAGCACCUACCCCCACACUGCAGCCCCCAGAACCCGGCGCCUGCCCCCACGGCAGCCCCAGAACCCAGCACCUCCCCCGACAUGGUGGCCCCAGAACUCAGCACCCACCCCCACACUGCAGCCCCCAGAACCCGGCGCCUGCCCCCACGGCAGCCCCAGAACCCAGCACCUCCCCCGACAUGGUGGCCCCAGAACUCAGCACCUGCCCACACAUGGCACCCCGAAACCUCGGCACCUGCCCACACACGGCAGCCCCAGAACCCAGCACCUGCCCCCACACAGCACCCCCAGACCUCGGCACCUGCUCCCACA